AUGGCAGUGACAGAAGCAGAUAAUCCUCUUCUUGGAGAAAUCACUUGUGGCACUUUACUCCAAAAGUUACAGGUAAUUUCUCAGAACACUCAUCUAAAAGUAUGGUUCUGUAAACUCACUGGACAAACCUUGUUCCAGGAAAUAUGGGAUGAAGUUGGUGAGAGUGAGGAGGAACGAGACAAACUGCUUCUUCAGAUAGAGGAAGAGUGUCUUAAUGUUUACAAGAGGAAGGUUGAGCUUGCCGCUAAAUCUCGCGCAGAGCUUCUUCAGACCUUGUCGGAUGCCAAUGUUGAACUUUCCAAUCUCAUAGCUUCUCUUGGUGACAAAAGCUAUAUCGGCAUUCCAGAUAAUACUUCGGGAACGAUCAAAGAGCAACUUUCUGCAAUAGCACCUGCCCUUGAACAACUUUGGCAACAAAAAGAUAAAAGGGUCCGAGAGUUUUCUGGUGUUCAAUCACAGAUCCAGAAGAUAUGUGAAGAGAUUGCUGGUGGGUUGAGCAAUGGACCUCUUGUGGUAGAUGAGUCUGACUUGUCCCUGAAGAGAUUGGAUGACUACAAGAGCAAACUCCAAGAGCUCCAGAAAGAGAAGAGUGAUAGGUUGAACAAAGUGCUCGAGUUUGUGAGCACAGUGCAUGAUCUAUGUUCCGUCCUUGGUUUAGAUUUCUUGAGCACAGUCACUGAAGUUCAUCCAAGCUUAGAUGAGGCGAAUGGUGUUCAAAACAAGAGCAUUAGUAAUGAGACACUUUCAAGUUUGGCUAAGACUGUUUUGACUCUUAAAGAGGAUAAGAAUCAAAGACUCAAAAAGCUUCAAGAGCUAGCUACUCAGCUAACUGAUCUCUGGAAUCUAAUGGACACUCCUGAUGAGGAAAGGGAGCUUUUCGACCAUGUUACUUGUCACAUGUCAGCUUCAGUUCAUGAAGUGACCGUCUUUGGUGCUCUAGCAUUUGAUCUGAUCGAGCAGGCUGAGGUUGAAGUGGAUAGGCUUGACAAACUGAAAGCUAGCAGAAUGAAGGAGAUUGCAUUCAAGAAGCAGACCGAGCUGGAGGAGAUAUACGCUCGCGCUCAUAUAGAGAUUAAACCAGAGGUGGUUCGUGAGAGGAUCAUGUCGUUGAUUGAUUCUGGAAACACUGAACCUACUGAGCUUAUAGCUCAAAUGGAUAGUGAGAUUGCAAAGGCUAAGGAAGAAGCCUUUAGUAGAAAAGAAAUAUUAGACCGAGUUGAGAAGUGGAUGUCAGCUUGUGAGGAAGAGAGCUGGCUCGAGGAAUACAAUCUGGAUCAGAACAAGUAUAGUGCAAGUCGUGGUGCGCAUUUGAAUCUCAAGAGAGCUGAGAAAGCUCGGAUUCUAGUCAGCAAGAUUACCGCAAUGGUUGACACAUUGGUUGCUAAAACUCGGGCGUGGGAAGAGGACAAGAGUAUAUCCUUUGAGUAUGAUGGUGUUCCUCUGCUCGCUAUGUUAGAUGAAUACACUAUACUGAGGCAAGCACGAGAAGAGGAGAAGCGGAGGCAGAAGGGACAGAAAAAGCAGCAAGAACAGCCACACACAGAUCAAGACUCAUCCGCCUUUGGGUCUAAACCGAGUCCUCCUGCAAGACCCGUCAGUGCCAAGAAACCUGUGGGAACACGAGCUAACGGAGGAGGUAGUAACGAAACGCCUGCUAGGCGCUUAUCCAUGAACGGAAGCAAGUCCAAAAGAGACAGUCUCAACAAGCUAACAUCACCUUCUAACCCUGUUGCCAUCUCUAAAGAGGAUGCUGCAUCUCCAGUUGUAGCCUCACCGUGA